AUGAUACACUUGCCUCAGCGGAACUCUUUACGAUCCAUCUUUUGUGGCCUGUUGGCCUUUGUCGAUCUCAAGGGCGUGAUUCCCGGAUCCCAAGAGGCAAUCACGACCGACCUUAUAGGAACUGCCCUUGAGCAAGGUCCGGCCAUCCCGACAACUCCACCAUCUACCAACGAGCUAAGCAAUGCUGCUCAGCGAACAUACUCUCCCCACUUCAAUGAUGAUCGAUUCUACUUACAGGAGCCCUCUUCGCCGGCUGGCUAUCACGAGAGCACCUGUCCUGGAGAUUUAUCCAAUUAUUACUCGGCCACAAUUGUAUCCCUCCCAUCUAGCCCCACGACGGUGGUUACACCCAGGGGCUCUUCAAUGCACAUGAGACACCAGAUAUCAAUGCAGAAAUUGUUCAAUCCUGAGCUGGCACAAAGAAUCCUCAACUGUGUGCCAUUUACACCAGGGUAUCAAAAAGACGAGGAUGACUUUCAAAUCCACGAUAGCAUUCAGAACCAAGCCAAAAUCGGAAAUCAGGUAAAAGAUCCGCAAAAGCCUAAAGACAAUCCAGUCAUCCCGUCAAAGGUUCCCUUUGGACCAAAAAAAACCACUGAGAUCCGAUCAUCAACAAAUUGUGGCCUUGAGAUGGAUCCUGACCGCUUUAUGAAAGUCAAGAAUUUCAUCAAAACAUUUGGGGUUGUUAUCCCCUCUGCAGUGGCUUACAACAAGCGGCCCGGGUCCAAUUCGCCUCAUGGCUCCAAAGAAUGCCUCUCGAAAAAUCCCAAGGUCGGCGGGCUUGAAGAAAACGCAGAUCGGCUAGAUGAAACUUCAGCCUCAAGUCACACGGAGUGCUCAUCAGUAUCCGACAUUCUUUCACAGGAACACCUUCGUGUAAAAACUCCGGGUGAUCGAAUUUGGAGAGCAAAGCGUCAGAAAAAAUUGAACAAGAAGAUGCGCAUGAGUUCUAAAGCUACCGACUCGAAGAGCACCCCAGAACAGCCCCCGCGCGGGUAUGAAAUUGAGUAUCCGAGCCUGACGCCUUUGUCUGAAGAAAGUAAUGCCGCACAGCGAGGACAAUCAAUUCAUCCACGCCAACAAGAAAUCAAAGAUGAGGAAGCAGCUCCAAACCACAUAAGACAACAAAAGCAGGAAUAUCUCCGGAAAUCUGAUCAACAAUUUCCACUCGCAAAGUCUCACGGUUUGAAUGAAAAUAUUGAUUCACCCCAAAUCUCUCAGCCUACGGUAUCUCUUACGUUGAAACAGAAAGGUGAUAAAGUAAAGGGAUCACCGCGUCAAAGGCCAUCACAAUUAUUGGGACAGUCAAAAGGAACAGGCACAGAACCUUUGCAACCCUCUCGGAGUAUCUUGGACCAAGAUGACCCCCAGGCCAAAGAAAAAACACGAAUUCUGAUGGGAAUAGUGCAACCAAUAAGUAUAGACUCAGCUCCUCAAACCCCAAUCCAGCCAGCGACGCCCCGCAAGACCAAACAACUACACGCUUCUAGCGGCUGGCUUUUUCAACAAGCCAAGAAAGAGGUCUCCACAAAAUCAAAUGAAAAACAUGAAAGAAAUAAGAUAAAAGUUGUUUCUAAGGAUCCUAGGGAUAGCUUAACAAAACUUAUCCAUGAGAGAGUGCAUCCUUUAGCUGGAAAAUCAAGCUCCACAGCCACUCAAAAAUCUUUACUGCCACAAAAUUCUGUCCAAGAGCCUAAACAUCACUCAAAAACUUCUACCAACCCUGAUAGAAUUUCAGCCUUGAAUAAUGAAGGUCUUUCUAACUUACCCAAAUCACCAUUGCCAGUCUUUGCCCAAAUCAUCAAAUCAGAUUCAGGAAUUAAAACCAUACCCUUGCAAGCAAGCCAAAUUACUCAUUCUCCUGCUGAUUCUCUGGAAUCUGUGUUGUUGAAAACUUUAACUGUAAAAGAGCACAUACAAGAUCCAAUCAAUGGUCCUGAACCAAUCAGGAUUCCAAAUACUCAGGCUAUUGAAACACUUCAGAAACAGCUUGACCAGCUUACAUCAGAGAGAAAAGAGGAAACAUCCCAAGACAUAAACAACACUCUGAAAGGUUCAUCAAUACCUGCCCACAGCCCUCAACAUCCUGCUCAAUUGAAAUAUCACCAUAUUUCAACAUCAAAUCUCAUUCCAACACAAUCCAUUCCGCCAAUGGGUUUGAGCGAGAGAAGGCCUACCAAAAUAUCUAGGCUGAUGUUCAGUCUCACCCAAAGAAAAGACAACCCACUGAAUAAGAUCACUCCAGAAAUCAAGGCACUCAGAGACUCAAGUUUGGAACCACAAAGCUCAUCAAUGGCCCCAGAAAAUCUUAAGGCACAUGCAAAUAGCAAGCUCUUGCAUUCACCCCCAAGCUUCACAACUGAUGAUCCCAAUCAGACAAGAAGUUGCCAUGGCAUCAUUUCACUUGAAAGCGCUUUUGGAGACAUCAUUGGAUGGAAGAAUUCAGAGAGUCGUCGAAGCCCUAAAAAUAAUGUGAAAGGUGGUGUUCAUUUGGGUCCAAUGCUACCUCUGAGACGAUUCUUCCGCGUUGAAAAUCGCUCGACACAUGUACAAGUGGGAUUCAUUACAAAGGAUGAUUACGACAUACUUCGUUCACUCUGGAGAAAGGACAGCAGCGGAUAUAAAUCAGCUGAAAGUAGCAUCAGGGAUGAAAUAGGAACCUUCGAGGGUACCCGGAGACUUAUUGCCCUUCGACGUCAGAUUCUCAGUCACACAAUCUCCCGUGAGUGGGCUGCGGUCCGCGAGUUAUGGUAUGGCGGUAAAACCAAGAGUCGAAAGCUUUCCAUUUCUUUUGAAGACCUGUAUGGCUUGUCUUCUGACCCUUGGAAAGUCCGAGAAAUUCCGAUAUCUAGUACAUUGGCAAGAUCAAGCAAAGAGAUAUGGGAGGCGAAACCUUAUUGCGUGGACACAUGGGGCAAUGCUGAAAUGGAUCGGCAGAUCAACAUGCGAUCAUAUCUUGCGCAUAGAACUAACCCAUUCUCCUGGUGGGAAGACUAUUAUCUGAAUGAUGAAAGCAAAUUGUUUGGUUUGGACAUUACGACGAUUCUCAAAGUAGGCGACUCGCUACAAUUCGGGGCCAAGUUCCUGGUUGGUCGAGGUUUUGGAAGGCUUUCGAUCGACUCGGCAUACGCUCUUUUACUCGAAGUGAUGACGGACACCAAUCGACCACUACCAUGGAUCGAGUCUUCAGAGCGGGCAUGGCUCUCCCGGUUGCCUGAAGGUUUAUACGAGGAACGACUUCGCCGACUGAGUCAACUUAUUUCGGAUCGGAAACCCCAAAUGAACCCGCUUUCAACGGAAAUACUGGCUCGGAAGAUGGGUACAAACUACUUGAAGAUUGUCCGUGGCGCUGAAUACCGGAUGGGCGAAGAGUUGAUUUGGGUUGACAAAGGAUACCCGUUGAAUGAAUUAUUGGAAGAGAUGGAAAACAGAAGGCCGACGGUCUUUAAUCGAAUGCCUGAUCUUCCAGAACCACGGCGAAUUCCGACAUGGGAGGAAUUCAAAGAUAUACUAACUACCAGUGCUCAUUAUUUCUUGAAUUUUUAUUAUAGAAUGAACCUCUCCGUCAGCAGCCAAGUCAGCCACCAUCGCUCCCAGAACUCCAUAUCCAGCUCGAUUGGCGGCCAUGACCAGCCGGCUCACUCCCCCUCGAGCACAAGCAACCGGUCGAUCGGCGCAAGCGUCUACCCGACCACCUUCUCAUCCACCUUCGACCCACUCGCUGAGGACGGCGGCAAGCUCAACGACCCCCAGAAGAUCAUCGAAGAUAUCCAGGCGGCCAUGAACGGCAUCAGCUCCACCAGCCUCAAUCCGAUCGUCCAGGACGGAAGACCCUGCUCGAACAGGACUCGCUCCGGUAGCUCGACCUCUGUCAUCAGACCCAUCUCCGCCCGAAGACCAAGAACAGCGGAGACGAUCAACAAGACCCACAAGCUCGUUGACCCCAACUCCUCAAACUCACUAACCGUCCCCUCCGGAAGCACAGACAAUCUAUCCGCACCAACAUCAACACCCUCCACAUCCUCCUCGUUAUCCUCAGUACCUUCGACAACUACCCGAGCAACCAAUCAUGACCCUGCAAACACUACCAUCCAUCCAGUACAUCAAUCCACAGACCACCACGAUCAUUCGGAAGAUUUCUCAGAGGAUCAAGGAUUUGAGGAAAUCGAAUUCGAACCAUCUGAUCUAGAGGUCUUGAACUCGCUUGGUGAAGGCGCGGGGGGUGAGGUUAGGAAAGUACUACACCGGCCUUCUGGCUUGUACAUGGCUAAGAAGACAAUCCCUACCUCGCCAAACCCUUCUCUUCAUCGACAGAUCUUGAGAGAACUCGCUUUCAAUAGAGAAGUCGCUGAUGGAGAAUCGCCUUCAAUCGUUAAAUACUAUGGCGCAUUUUUGGAAGAGAAUAAUACCCAGAUAGCCAUCCUAAUGGAAUACUGUGAGGGAGGAUCAUUAGAGGCGAUCUACAAGAGAAUCAAGCAUCGGAAGGGAAGAAUCGGGGAGAAGAUCCUAGGCAAGGUAGCCGAAUCAGUGCUCUCCGGGCUGAGCUAUCUGCACACUAGACAUAUCAUCCAUCGGGAUAUCAAGCCCUCUAAUAUCCUUGUCACCAGAGACGGCCUGAUCAAGAUCUGCGAUCUCGGCGUCUCCGGUGAACUGAUCGGCUCGAUGGCUGGCACUUUCAUGGGCACGUCUGCUUACAUGGCUCCCGAACGGAUCCGCGGGGAGACAUAUUCGAUCACGUCCGACGUCUGGUCCCUAGGCCUAACGCUAUUGGAACUAGCCAUGAACCGGUUCCCGUUAGUGAACAUGCACGAGGACGGAUCGGCGACGCCUUUACAGCCGUUCGAGUUACUCCAGACGGUCGUGACUUUUGAGAUGCCAUCGAUGAACGAAGAGGAAGGGAUCGUCUGGACGAAAAGCUUGCAACACUUCAUCAAGACUUGUCUGGAUAAGAAUCCUAACCAAAGACCAGGCCCUAAAAUCCUACUCGAGCAGCACCCUUGGAUCACUAAAUCUAGGACCUGGACCCCUGACGUCAAGACCUGGCUGAUCAAAGUUUGGGACUGGUGA